AGGCAGGGGUGUCAGUCUCUGUCACGAAAGCUUUCUGAAAUUUGUGGCCAGCACUUGACUAAACUCCAUUUUUAAUAAUUAAUGGCGGAAAUUUGAAGAAAAUUAAUCACAUGUACCCACCCACACGUCUUCUUCUUCUUCUCUCUCUCUCUCUCUCUCUCUCUCAGUCUCAGAGGACCCCAACUCACAUAAUAUAAACUCCUUUUAUCUCCUUCCUUCUCCGUCAUCGUCCUAAUCAUUAUCAUCCUUACCACCAACCAACAACAACUAUAACUCUAACAGGAUAAUAUUCCGAUACAGAGCAAUCAGAGAGAGAGAGAGAGAGAGAGAGAGAGAGAGAGAUCAGAUGGGUGAUAUUUUUUAUAAUUCCUUAAGUGGAGAGAAAUGAGAUUAGGAGAGAAUUAUGCGAACCCUUUGUGACGCUUGUGAGAGUGCUGCCGCAAUCGUCUUUUGUGCUGCCGAUGAGGCUGCUCUCUGCCGUGCUUGCGACGAAAAGGUGCACAUGUGUAAUAAGCUUGCUAGUCGGCAUGUGAGGGUUGGCCUGGCAGAUCCUAAUGAUGUUCCUCGCUGUGAUAUAUGUGAAAAUGCACCCGCUUUCUUCUACUGUGAGAUAGAUGGAAGUUCCCUUUGUUUGCAAUGUGAUAUGAUUGUUCAUGUUGGAGGUAAAAGAACCCACGGAAGAUAUCUUCUGUUGAGGCAGAGAGUUGAGUUUCCGGGGGAUAAAUCUGGUGACCCAUCCGGUCUAAUCAUUGCUAAUCAAGAGCUGGUAUUUAUAAAGGGGCCCAGUGGGCCACGAUGUCGCCUUCUCCUGCCUAACACGAAGACUGCUGUGUUGGAUUGGAGAAGAGGAAAACCUGAGGAAGACUAA